GACCACCGCCCCGCGCGCAGGCCGCGCCGGCGGGCACAGCCCUGCUCGCGCCCCGCCGACCUGAUCCUCGGCGCAGGAUGUGGCUUGGCGGUGACGUCAAGCCCAGAUGUUUUCCCAGGCCCCGCCCCCGCAGGGGUCCGGGCGACUCCGAGGAGCGAUAACGGGGAAAGCUUAUUCUACUGUCACAACGCAAUGGCAGGGCUGGGGAAACCGCAUCUUUAUUUUAUUGCGUUCUCGAAAAAACAGCAUUAAUUCAUACUCCAAGCAACAAGCUGCCAGUGCCAGGAUCUCUCUGCUCUUUUCUCCUCCAUUGGAUUUCCAACGCUUUUUUUUUUUUUUUUUUUGGUAUUCAGGGACAAGCUGGUUGCAAUCAUCACAAACAAAGUGUGGUUUUGAUGGCUUCUAACUCAGCCUUUACUUCUACAAAGAGAUCCUGAGAAAUAAGAGAGGGAAAGUCUGCUUUCAUAAUCUUUCUAAAAAGGUAAAGAGCAGCGUUCUGGUGGGGUUUUUUUCUUCCUCUUCUGUUUGGAUUUAUUUUUAAACUUACAAAAAAAUGGCAACAGCAGCAUAUGUGGAUCACUUUGCAGCAGAGUGCCUUGUUUCUAUGUCCAGUCGUGCUAUUAUCCAUAGUCGCAAAGGGGAGCCUGAUCCCCAACCUGAUGCAGCAAUACUGCCUUCAUCAAAUGGAGAAGAUAAGCGGGAAGUUAGAGAAACCGGGAAAGACAAUGGAUCAUCAUUACUUGUGGUAGCUAGCAUUUUAGCAGAUCUGAACCAGCAUGUCCCAAACUCACCCACUCUAAGGAUGGAAAAAACGGAGACCUUUGAUAUCACAGAACAAAUACACAUUUCUGUUUCUCCUAAAGAGUUUGGGGAAGAAAGUGUGUCUUCGGCUGGUAAGCGUGGAGGAGGAAGAGCAGCCACACCUACUUGCCUGGCUGCAGUAACUGAACCAAGCCCCAGACAAAAGAACAAACGCAUGAGAAGCUGGACUGACCCUGGAUCACCCCAGAAAAAGCACAAAUGCCACUAUGUGGGGUGUGAAAAAAUUUAUGGCAAAUCUUCCCAUCUUAAAGCUCAUCUAAGGACCCAUACAGGUGAACGGCCUUUUGAAUGCAGCUGGCAAGGAUGUAACAAGAAGUUUGCUCGCUCUGAUGAGCUGGCCCGCCAUUACCGCACUCACACUGGAGAAAAGAAGUUCAGCUGUCCUCUCUGUGACAAACGCUUCAUGCGCAGUGACCAUCUGACAAAGCAUGCCCGCCGCCAUGCCAAUUUCCACCCAAGCAUGCUCAAAAGGCGAAAUGGAAGCAGCUCAAGAACAGGGUCUGUCAGUGACUACAGCCGCUCAGAUGCCUCAAGUCCAACGAUUAGCCCCGCCAGUUCCCCAUAGACCUACCUGCACUGGAUGUCAGCACUUUGCCUCUAAUACCUAACGUGGAGUUUUGUUUGUGUUGCACACAUUUAAAAAACUCUCUUGCUUCCCCUCCUCAAUUCUCCCUCACCCCCCCUUUCUUUUUUUUUUUUAAAUCAGUAAAUAGCUGCCUCUCACUGCAAUUUCCAGUCAAAUUUUCUUUACCCAACCACACAAAUGGCUAGUCUAACCUCAUGGACAGACAGACUUACAUGUUCCACUUAGUGACUCCUGCUGUCUCAAUAUUCAAUACAUUUUGCAACCAUUUACAGAUCCUCUCAAUUAUUAUUUAUAAGAAAAUGAGAAAAUCUAAAAAAAGAAAAAACCCCACUUAAUUCACCUCAGGUGUCAAAGUAGUUUUGUAAGACCGGAUACAUACACUUACAAAUCAACUCUGUUGGAUUGUGUCCCCCUUCUCCUUUCUCAGGGAUGGAUAUUUAUGUUACACAAUAAUUACAAUGAAGACACACCCUAACUGCAGCCUUACCCUGUAAAUAUAUUUGCACUCCAAAGCUUUUUAUUAGGUUCUUUCACACACUGGGGAAAAAAUAAAAAACAAACAAAGAAUAUAAAAACCAAACCAGUACUGGAAUGUAGUACCAGACUCUUCCAUUGUUUGUUUCUUGAUUAUAUACCUACAUUGGGGAGCGUCCAAACAGGAGUCUUGUCUUUCUUCAAGCUGCCCUCUGCUUUUGGUAGCAAUCCGUCUUUUCACUUCAUGCUGAAGAUGCUCCAAAACCAACUUCCUAUUGCAAAAAUCUCUGUGAGGUUGAUAAACGUGUUUGUUUGUUUCAUGCUAGAUAAAAUUCUGAGAAAAUAUUCUAAACAAGAUGCCUUAAGUAAAUAACCUAAAUCACAAGGAAAUAUAUUUACACUGGGUAACAUUUUAUUGCAAGGUGGCAUGGAAUCUCGGAGGCAUUCUCUCGUCACUCUCUCCAAGUUGUUAAGCUCUCUGCACUGCCUGUUCAAUAUGGGACCAACAGAAUAUUCAAAACCAACUACACUGACUUGAACAAUUUUCUUUAUUCUUUUUUCCUUUUUUUAAAAAUUAAAAUGAACCAUGGAAGUAGCAAGUAGCAUAGCUGAAACAAUGCCCAUCAAAACUUUUAUUAAGGUACUUACCUACUGCACAGCUGUAUCUUAGCAAGACAAAUAGGCUAUGACAUAGUUUCUGCAACCUGCUGCAUCACAAUUGUAGUUGUUGAUAAAAGGAAGGGAAAAUCAUAAGGUAUUUUCUGACUGGAAAAAUAAAAUAUGCAUUUUUAAGUUUUAAAUAAAAUGACAUUUUAGCUCAGCACUACAAGUCGCUCAGAAAUACACAUACCAGCAUAAAGUAAGGUGUUCUCAUUUCUGAAUAACUGCUUAAUAACAAAAAGGGAAUCUUGGCUAGUUUUUGAUAACUUUCAAAUAUUUGACACUAGGUAGAGCACUAGGAGGUAGGUUUUUAGAUUUUAUAUGGUAUAAAAUAAAGCAAAGACCAGGAGCCUUGUGAUGUACUGGAGACCUCACUGGCAGCAAAUACACUUUCCUUGGUUUGUCUGGGUCUGAUGGUGCAUAUUUUAAAUUCAGGUCCUUUUGAUUCUGGAAUUUUUGGGGUUUUCUUGUUUUUACUGUAGGGUAUAAAUGCAGUUAAGUGUAGCACAAUGAAAAGAAACUCUCUAUGCCAAACCUGCUGCUUGAUAUCAAGUGAAUGCCUCCAUAUUCCAAAUGAACCUGUAUCUUACUUGCUUCUUUACAUUGAUCCAAUUUUGCAAGUUUUUAUUGUACUGUAUAGUAACUGUGAGAGCCUAAUACAGAUUUCCAAGUAAUUUUAUAGGAACUUCCAUAAUAUUUACAUUAUUCCUAAUACUACACAUUCUAUUAGUUGUAUGGAUAAAUACUUAAAGACAGUUCAAAGUGCAGAUAUUGCAGUAUUUUUUCAUGUUCAUUUGCUUCAGAUUUCACCUUUAUAAAAUCACAGUUUUCCCCUUUUGAACUGGAAUUCACACGAGGCACAAUUCUACUGUUUAAUUUCACAGAAAACGAAGGAACAUUGUAAGGUUUUUUCACAAGAUGACAAAUAUUGUUGAGUUCAUGUGAUGAGUUGCCUAACCACUGUGAGUUAGGGGAAAGCCAGAUCAGUUUGCCUCCAUAGAUUUCUGCUUUUCUUUCCUUUUUUUUUUUUUCCUUAAAAUCUCAUCUACUGAGAUACACAAUGAUACACAAUUUCACCAACUUGAUACAAUUCAGGUAACAGGAAUUCACAUUCCAAUCAUUUCUGUGACUGCUAAAAGCACUCUUGUGCUGUAGUUAGUAGAGGCAUUUAAGGUAAAGCUUAAGGAAUUCUACAGGUCAGCUGUGUCUUGUGCACAUACUUCAAAACAAGUCAUAAACACAUUUCUUAUUAUCGUUAUACCUUAAU